GUGGAAGCUGGAUCCGGCUGCCAGGAAGCGGCUAGCGCACGAGUGGCGCGAGGCUUGGCUUCCACGUGCGAGCCUGCUCCGCCACCCCGCCCUCUCCGAACUCCCGAGCCUGGGGACUCCCUCUCCAGGACGAUACCUGCGCCCUGCCGUGGCACUAGCUGUGGCCAGGACGUCCACGCGCGGCCGCCUGCCUCUGGAUCUCGCUCCAGCACCCGCUGCCAGACGUGCAGAAGUGCAGAACACUGCGCACCCAUGGAGAGUCUGGGUCGUUCAUGCCUGUGGCUGCGCCAGGAGCUGUCGCCCCCGCGGCCACAGCUUCUACUGCUGGACUGCCGCAGCCGGGAGCUGUACGAGUCAGCGCGCAUCUGCGGGGCGUUGAGCGUGGCCCUGCCCGCCCUAAUGCUGCGCCGCCUCCGGAGAGGGAGCCUGUCGGUGCGCUCGCUCUUGCCUGGGCCACCGCUGCAGCCUCCCCCACCCGCUCCUGUGCUUCUGUACGACCAGGGUAGUAGCCGAUGCCGCCCUGAAGAGGCAGAGGCCGAAGCCCAAGAGUGGGAGGCUGACUCGGUGCUGGGCGUUCUGCUCCAGAAGCUGCGAGAGGAAGGCUACCUGGCCUACUACCUACAGGGUGGUUUCAGCAAAUUCCAGGCCGAGUGUCCUCACCUUUGUGAAACCAGCUUCAGUGGUCAUGCUGGCUCAAGCCUGGCCCCAGUGCCUAGCUCAGUGCCUGUGGUGGGGCUAGGUAGCCUAUGCUUGGGCUCUGAUGUCUCCGAUGCAGAGUCUGAGGCUGACCGCGACUCCAUGAGCUAUGGCCUAGAUUCGGAGAGCACCACGUCCCCUCCAACUGGGCUGCUACCACCCUUCCCAGUCCAGAUCCUGCCCAAUCUCUACCUAGGCAGUGCCCGAGAUUCAGCCAACUUGGAGAGCCUGGCUAAGCUUGGCAUCCGCUAUAUCCUCAAUGUCACCCCCAAUCUCCCUAACCUUUUUGAGAAGAAUGGUGACUUCCACUACAAGCAGAUCCCCAUCUCGGACCACUGGAGCCAGAACCUGUCCCAGUUCUUUCCGGAGGCCAUUGCAUUCAUUGAUGAGGCCUUGUCCCAGAACUGUGGGGUGCUCGUCCAUUGCCUGGCAGGAGUCAGCCGCUCUGUCACCGUCACCGUGGCCUACCUCAUGCAGAAGCUCCACCUCUCACUCAACGAUGCCUACGACUUGGUCAAGCGGAAGAAGUCUAACAUCUCGCCCAACUUCAACUUCAUGGGGCAGCUGCUAGACUUCGAGCGCAGCCUGCGCCUGGAGGAGAGGCGCUCUGGGGGGCAGGGCAGUGGGGGACCAGAGUCCACUGUCUCAGACCCACCUUCUUUCUUUACUACUCCUACCAGCGAUGGGGUCUUUGAGCUGGACCCCACAUAAAACCAUGUGGGGCAGCUGGGCUGGUCCCUACCCAUGACCCCAUGUAUUAGCAGGGAUGGGAUGCAGCCAUAAGCGGGGGAGGGGGAAAGGGAGGGGGAGGGGAAGCUCAAUACCUCACUUGGGGAUGAUGGAGCAAGGCAGGAACAGAACAGACCUGCCCUACCCCGUAUUCUAUUACACGUGCCUAUGGGUGGGCCUGUGCCUACAGGCCUGACCCACACCGCUUUAGGGCAGGACCAUGCUCCAGAACCUGCCUCUUCUGCGACUGUUACUUUAUUCUUUCGGGGUGGGAGUGGGGCUUCCUAUCCAAGAGAUCAUUCCAGAUUGCUGCCUGCUGCCUGGGCUCUGUCCCUUCUUGCUGUUUCCUCUUCAGGAAGAGUAUAUCACACUUUGCCACAGGGAUCUGCUCAUAGUUCCUUCCCUGUCCCCAAAUGGCCACCUGUGUUAAAAGGCCUUACAACUUUCACUGGUGUACUCUCCUUCCUGCCUCUCUGACUAGGACUUAGACCUCUUGGGGCUCCAAGGUGUGGACCCGGAGACGCAAUGGCUGCUCUCGGCAUCCACAGGGACAGCCUCUCUGGGUGGCUUUUUGCUGGGCAGUGUCUCAUGGGAGGGCAUGGGCCUGGGAGCCAAUAGGCAGAAUCCCAGCCACACAUCUGGUGCCCUGACUGUUUCUUUCCUCCUCCCCCAGAUGUCUUGACAGGAUCACUGAGACUCUUUGUGACUGAGGGUGGUCAAACUGCCACCGGAGGAGAUGGGGUCUCAGAGUGAGAGCUGAGGGGGAGGGAGAGAAGGAUGAAGGCCUCAAUUUUGCUGCUGUGUGUCUCACACAGCCAGUGUUGGUUUGGGGGGCAGGGAAAGGGCUAAGCUGCAGAUACACACAUGGUCAUUCAUUGCAGUCCACACCCCUUUGUAAACAGUGUGUAUGUAUGUGUGUGAGUGUUCACACAUGCACACUAGCCUACUCACACAUUCAGCCUAGGGCUGGCAGUACCUGUGGCAGCAGGACCAUCUUGUCUUUGAACCUGGAGAAGGUUGUGCUUAUUUGUUUUUGUAAUCCACUUCUUCAUAAUUACUUUCUUUAAUUGUUCCUCCUGAAUAAACAGUUUAUUUAAGAUA